AUGACCACCUUUUGUGAUUCGCGACACUGCGCUGCACACCUCGACCUGCACUUCCUCCUCCUGCUGCUGCUGCUGCUGCUGCUGCUGCUGGAUAAUUUGUCAGCUGCCUCGGGAGUUCAGGAGAGGACAGAAACUGCAGUCUCUGGAUUAGUCUCUUGUCCCGUCAAGCUGCAGCAUCGUGGGAAAGCGCACCACUGGCCUGAGCUGGAGCUGGGUGGAGCAGUGACCGCCUGUAGCAUGAUGUCCUACCUCAAACAGCCUCCCUACGGCGUCAACGGCCUGGGGCUGAGCGGGGCCGCCAUGGACCUGCUGCACCCGUCCGUGGGCUAUCCGGCGAACCCGAGGAAGCAGCGGCGGGAGCGCACCACGUUCACCCGCUCCCAGCUCGACGUCCUGGAGUCCCUGUUCGCAAAGACCCGGUAUCCGGACAUCUUCAUGCGUGAGGAGGUGGCGCUCAAGAUCAACCUGCCCGAGUCAAGAGUGCAGGUGUGGUUCAAAAACAGGAGGGCCAAAUGUCGGCAGCAGCAGCAGAGCGGCAGUAGCACCAAAGCCAGGCCUCCAAAGAAGAAGUCGUCCCCUGCCCGAGAGAGCACGGGUUCAGAGAGCAGCGGUCAGUUCACUCCUCCUGCCGUGUCCAGCGCGGGCUCCUCCUCCUCGUCCUCCACAAACCACAGUGGUCCGGCCCUGAGCACCUCCACUUCCAUCAGCACUGUGUCCUCCAUCUGGAGCCCCGCCAUCUCUCCAGGAAACGCCCCUGCCCCGGCUGUGGCCCCCCUGCCUGAGCCCGGACCGCCCUCUAACGCCUCCUGUAUGCAGCGCUCCAUGUCGGGCUCUGCCACCGCAGCCACCUCAUACCCCAUGUCCUACAACCAGACGGCGGGCUACGGCCAGGGCUACCCCCCCUCCAGCUCCUACUUCAGCAGUGUGGACUGCAGCUCCUACCUGGCCCCCAUGCACUCACACCACCACCCACACCAGCUCAGCCCCAUGACGGCCUCCUCCAUGUCGGGACACCCCCAUCACCACAUCAGCCAGUCCUCAGGGCACCACCACCACCACCACCAGGCCUAUGGAGGCUCGGGGCUGGCCUUCAACUCUUCUGACUGCCUGGAUUACAAAGAGCAGAGCGCAGCCUCCUCGUGGAAACUCAACUUUAAUGCCACAGACUGCUUGGACUACAAGGACCAAGCCUCCUGGAGGUUCCAAGUCUUAUGA